UUGGUGAGAUUUUACGGCGACAUUAAAGGAUGGGUCCCACGCACUGUAUUGGACAGCAACACGUCCGAUAUGAAUUGGAAUUACACAUUGGGACAGACCGUCACGGUGCUGAUCGACUCGAUCGAGAAGGACGAGGAUAAAAUGAAACUCAGAAUAAUCAUGGGAGAACAGAAACAACAACAGUCCAUUAACAUGAAGAUCGGGGAACUGAUCGAAGGAGUAAUAAUGGAAUCGUCCAUGGAAGGAAUACAUCUGAGAGUACGUAAGACCGACAAUGAGGUCACGGUUGGCUUCUUACCGGCCGGUCACAUGUCUCCGUGCAUAGAAAUCGGCGGUCUACUCGCGUCGAAAUGCACUCCUGGCGACACUAUCUCGGCCUACGUCUUUGCCACACAGCCGAGCGUGAUAAUGUCACGCACUUAUGUGACACAGGAGCAGUACAGAAACUUUCACACGCUGAAGAUAGGGGAUUGCAUUCCGUGCACGAUCAGGGACAUCUCGCAGGACGGCGUGAGAGUUAUCUUGCCCGUCGAGGAUUACUCCACAUUCGGAUUUAUCUCAUACAAGAAUAUUAGCGACUUCGAGCUGUUGCGUGUGAAUCAGAUAUUGCUCGUUAAAAUUACGGCUAUUAACAAACGAGAGAAACAAUUGACGCUGACGAUGGGGUUGAAAGACGUGUGGGAGAGCUCUGUCGAGCACGGGAUGAAGAUGCUGUCGGCGGUGGAUGUCUUGAGCUUAUACCUCAAUAAAUUGUUGGAGCUGGCGACUAAUGCGUUUUACGAGAACAAACCGAUUUCGUUGGUGACUUUGGGUCAUAAAGUCACAGGCGAGAUCGAGAAGAUCACCGACCACGGUCUCGUACUUCGACUAGAUAAUAAACUGACGGGCGUAGUGCGCAAGGAUCAUUACACCGUCGAGCCUAAAGUCGGAGAUAAGGUGUUCGGUACAGUUUUGUGGAAGAACUAUGUCCACGACUUCGUGGACGUGUCAUUGUUACCAAGGAUCGUGAACGGGAUCAGCUCCAAGCAAAGAAAACUACCGGAGCUUCCUGACAAGCUUGUGCUGAGAGGAGAGAUCCUGAUGAUCAGCAACUGGUUGCUAAUCGUCCUCGUGAAACGUCACGGUUCAGGAUAUUUAGUGGCUUUGCCGGUCCGUCGACACCUGAACGAUCUUUCUCCUGACUUGACGCCUUACACGGUGCACGCUAAGAUCCGAUUGUACGUGGUAAUGGCGAGAAAUCAGUGCGGUAUCGUUCCGAUUGGAAUGCUGAAAUCUGCGUUCGAAACUCCAAAAAAAGAGACACAGCCGCUGUCUAGCACAAAUAAAAAAUUGAAGAGAAAAAUGUCCGAGCAACAAGAUACUGCCUCAACGAGCAUGAUGCUUAAAAAACCGAAGAGGGAAACAACGACUGAUGAUGGUGUUGGCAGCGACAGAAAACUCAAAAGUAAAAUCGAUAAAACAGCCUGUCUAAAGAAAAGUGAGACCAGCGGAUUCAUCCACUCUUCCGACGAAAGUGAUGCAGAAGAUAAGUUGCCGACAAAAAGAUCACAUAUUCCAGAAUGCGGAUUUAAUUGGCACAAUAAAACAGGUUCAGCUGUAGUAGCUGUCAGCGAGACGUCCAGCGAUGAUGAAGAGAAGAGCACGGACGAGCUGAAGCGAAAGAAGAAGAAGCUGAGCGCAGCCGAACGUCGGGAAGAGGAACGGCGGAAGGAACGCGAGAUUCGCCAGCGGGAAGAGGCUUCAGCGAGCAAUCAGGUGCCCAACUCCAUCGACCAAUUUGACAGAUUGGUUCUGUCCAGUCCGGACAGCUCGUUGGUGUGGCUGCAAUAUAUGGCGUACCAUUUGCAAGCCACAGAGAUCGACAAAGCGAGGUCGGUCGCGAGACGGGGUAUCAAGACAAUUAACUUCCGUGAAGAAAACGAGCGUCUGAACCUGUGGAGCGCUUGGCUCAAUUUGGAGUCCAGAUACGGCACGUCUGAGUCCCUGAACGACGUGUUCCAGGAGGCGGUGAAGGCAAACGACGCUUCGAAGGUGUACACGCAUAUGCUGAACGUGCAUGUGGAUGCCGGUAGGCAGGCCGAGCUGGAAAAGUUGAUCACCAUUAUGACUGGCAAAUUCAAGCAAAACCCUGAGACAUGGGUGGACUGCGGUACAGCGUUCCUGAAAAUUGGACUGAAAGAGAAGUCCCGGUAUACCAUGCAAAGAGCAUUGCAAUCUUUGCCUACGUCUCAGCAUGUAAACUUGAUAGUGAGAUUCGCGAAUUUAGAGAACAAACUAGGAGACAAGGAGCGAUCGCAGACAUUAUUCGAGCAGAUCCUGAGCUCCUAUCCUAAGCGCGUCGACGUGUGGUCUUCUUACGUAGAUUGCUUGGUAAAAACCGAGGAUUUCGACAUAGCCAGAAAAGUAUUGGAACGAGCAGUUGCCCAGACUCUCCCAGUAAGAAAAAUGAAAACGCUGUUCAAGAAGUUCAUUAGUUUUGAGGAGAAGUACGGUACACCCGAGGCCGUAGCUCACGUACAGCAGAUGGUUACCGAUUAUGUAGAGAAACAAUGUAGCAAUGAAUCGACGUAAAGUUGUAUAUAAAACAGUUUGUACAUUAUAAGUUGUAUAUAAAACAGUUUGUACAUUAUAAGUUCUAUAUAAAACAGUUUGUACAUUAUAAUUGGAUAAAAGAAAACGA